AUGACUUCCUGGUUGAGCUCUUGGUUUUCUAAAGAUGAACAUCAAAAUGUGAAAAUUGAUAGCAGUUUGGUAUUUUAACUGAUAUUUUUGAGCCAAAUACAUUUAAAUUUUCCAGACAAAACAUUGGAUUGGUGCAUGGUGGCGUGAUGAGCAAGAGUAUAUACCGGUAAUUUUAAUUUUUCUAUUUGAAAACAUGUGUUUUUGUUUCAGGAAAUGAGACCAGGGGAAAGGUUAUAUGGACCGGACAAUUUAAAUUGUGUGUCUUUAGAAAACAAUACAAUCGCGGUUAGUUAUCUAUUGCAUUUAUCCAAUAUUUGAGAACGUUUCCAGUUUGAUGGUUAUUCACAACGUGAUAGAUUAGAUGAUGAUUUCCUUUGGUUCCAACCAAAAAAAUUAUGCAUGAGUUUUACAAAAUUUCCAAGAGGAGAAGAGUAUAUUCGAUUUUUGACUAGUGUUCGUACAUUCAUUAUUUCAAACAUAGAAAUUGAUGAAGUUUGCUAUUGCUUAUCAUUCAUGCCAAACUUGUUCAAUUUGGUUAUUCACGAUUCACAGAAAGGAGAGAACUAUUAUCACGAUGAAGAUUUUAUUCGAAUGUUUGAAUCAUUGAAACUUACACAGACGAAAUAUUUUCAAUUAAUGUCAGUUUGCUUUAAAAUUUGGAAGUUUUUUUCUGAAGGGCAAAAAAAACUUUCAAAAAAUGACUUUCAAGUCGCGUUCCACCGUACUUUUUUCAAUGUUAAGUGAAAUUUUGAAAUUAUCGAAUCCUAUUAAUAUCCAUUUUAAAUUGAUUUCUAAAACUUUCACAAUAUUUUACACAGUUUUUUUAAUUUUCACCGCUUACCACAUGUAAUUUCUAAACUUAUUUCAGAUGUCAACUGGAUCACAAAUUGACCAUAGAAGUUAUUGAUUCAUUUUUGUUGGCAACGAAAGAUUUAAGAGAGAGGCAUAUAAAAAUACAAUUUUAUAAAUUCGCAAUCGACGGUAGAAAAAUGCGUCCUAUAAUUGAACAUGUGGAUGGAAUUUAUCGAUUUUUUGAGAGCACCGAAAAUUGUUCGCAGACAUACGAAAUAUCCAAGGACACAAACAUGGUUCAUAAAUUUCUAAUGAUUUGAAGUCAAACAUUUUUUUUCAGGCCGAAAUAUCGGGAUCAAUCAUGUUUUGCUUUGUGGAUUGGUUUCCAAUCUUUGAGAUUGUAAAAGAAUUAGAGCGUAGAUUGCCGAGGCAAACAAGUAAUGUGGAAAGAUUCAGAGACGUGUUCAGAGUUGAGAAAAAAGAAUAUGGUGCUCGCCAACUCAAAGUACUUUUUUCUCUUCAAGAAGCUGUUAAUGGGAUUAAUCUGGCUGGAUGGCUCUCGGAGAAUUCUGAAGUUGUGAAUGGUCUUCCAUAUGACGAAGUUGAUGGAUUUGUAGCUCUCUAA